GGGAGGAGGUGGCCUGCAGGUGAGCCCGGGGCACGGAAACUAUCCUCAAAACAGGGCAACUGGAGAUCACUGGGCGCUGGCAGCGACUUCUUGAACGUCUCCAAGGGCAGAAGAAGCAGAUGGCAGACCUGCAGGCUAUGCUGGGCUUGCUGCACGAGGUGGAGAGUGCCUCCAAUCAGCUCAAGGAGCUCCAGGUGCUGGCCAGCUCCACAGCCUGUGAGCAGCAGCUGGCAAAGACCAUGGAGCUACUGCAGAAGCAUGACCUGCUGGAGGCCCAGGUGUCUGCCCACGGAGCCCAUGUGCACCAUCUUGCCCUCCAGACAGCGGAGCUGGACUCCUCCCUGGGCACUGGUGUGGAGGUGCUGCAGGCCAAGGCCCAGGCACUGGCCCAGCUCCACUGGAGCCUGGUGUCUCUGGUCAAGGCCCGGCGGGCCUUGCUGGAGCAGAGCCUGCAGCAGGCUGAGUUCCUGCACCACUGCGAGGAGGAGGAAGCCUGGUUGAAGGAGCGCGGGCAGCUGGUGGAGGAUGAGGCCCUGGGCCCGGACCUUGGCCAGAUCAGAACAGCCCUGCAGAAACACAAGGCCCUGGAAGCCGAGCUGCGCCACCACCAGAACGUGUGCAUUGAUCUCGUGCGGAGGGGAUGCGACCUGAGUGCCCGCGGGCACCGCAUGCGGCCAGAUCCCCACGAGAGGGCCGAGGCACUGCAGGGCACGUUGCAGCGGCUCAGGGCUGGGGCAGCCAGGCGUGGGGCGCGGCUGCAGGCAACUCUGCUAGCCCGGCAGUACUUGGCCGACGCGGCAGACGCGGCCUCUUGGCUGCGUGAACAGCGGUCGGCCCUGGAGAGCGCCCCCUGCGGACGGAAUCCCGCAGCCACCGAGGCCCUGCUGCUGCGCCACCGGCGGCUGGAGCGCGCGGUUCAGGCCUUCGGGGCCGAGCUGCGGCAGCUGGAUGAGCAGGCACGCGCGGCCGCAGCGCAGGUGUCGCUCACGGUGGUGUCUGCCCUGAGCUCUCCGAAGAAAGCCCUGAGCCACCUGGGGACCUGGAGUGAGGUCUCCUGCCACUCCGGCCCCCCGGGCACCUGGAAGAUGGCCCUCUCGGCUGAGCCUGACGCCAUCUUUGACCCUAACACCAUACUCCAGACACAGGACUGCCUGAGCGGAGACUAUGAGGGCCUGCAGGCCCUGGCAAAGCACCACAGGGCGCGCUUGGAGGAGGCAGUAGCCCUGUGGGGCUUCCAUGGCUUCUGUGGGGAGCUGCGGUCCUGGCUAGAGAACCAGACAGCACUGCUCCAAACGUUGCAGCCCCAGGCCCACAACUUAGAGGUCACUCGGCUCACAUAUGAGAACUUCCUCACUACCCUGGCUGUGGGAAGGGGCUACUGGGCUGAGGUCAGCAGCAAUGCAGAACAGCUGAAGCAGAGAUAUCCUGAAGGUACCCCCAGAAUUCAGCAACAGCAGGAGGAAUUGAGCCAGAGGUGGGGGCAGAUGGAAGCUCUGAAGAAAGAGAAGGAAACACAACUGGCACACACCACAGAUGUGUGCACUUUUCUGCAUGAGUGUGGAUCCACACAGGUCCAGCUGCAAGACCUGAUUCUCCAGCUGGAAACCCUCCAGCUGGGGCAAUCCAAGGACAGCCACCGCCCCCUGCAGCUGGCCCAGCAGAAGAUGUUAACGCUGGAGAGGAGAGUCCACUACCUGAAAAGGGCAGCCAUGAAGGCUGAGGAGCUGGGCCCCCCAGAGAGCCGGUCCCUGCAAGAACAGGUGGAGCCGCUGUGGGAGCUGCUGGAAAGGGGACAGCAGCAGGUGGCCCGACAGGCUAGGGCCUGGGCUGAAGCGCGGGCACGGCAGAGCUUCCUGCAGGAGAGCCAGCAGCUGCUGCUGUGGGUGGAAGGCAUCUGGGCUCAGCUGCGCGGGGAGGAGAAGGUGGUGGAUGUGGCCUCAGCCCAGCAGCUGCUGAUGGAGCACACAGACCUGCUGGUGGAGAUCCAGCUACAACAGGAGAGGCUGCAGCAGCUGGAGGCUCAGGGCCAGACCCUUUCAGCCUUGGACUCCCCGGACUCCCAGGAGGUGGCCCGCACUCUGAGGCUCCUGGGCCAGCAAGGCCCAGGCCUGCAGGCCGCCUGGGAGCAGAGACGGCAGCGGCUGCAGGAGGGGCUGGAGUUGCAGAGGUUUGGCGGAGAUGUCGAUGGUUUCACUGCCACCUGUGCCAGACACGAGGCCUUCCUGCAGCGGGACAAGCUUGGGGACGAUGUUGGGGAAGCCCAGAGCCUGCUGCAGCAGCACCAGGACUUUGGGCGGCUCCUGGGCAUCCUUGGCCAUCGAGUAGAGGCUCUGCGGGCACGUGGUGAGAAGCUGGCCCUGAGCCAACACCCUGCUGCACACAAGGUCCGGGAACAAUUGCAGAGUGUCCAGGCACAGUGGACCAGGGUCCAGGAGAGGAGCGAGCAGAAGAGGAGGUGGCUGCUGGCUUCCCUCCAGCUGCAGGAAUGGCAGCAGGAUGUGGCAGGGCUGGUGCUGUGGAUAGAGGAGAAGGGGCUGAGGGCAGCGGAGGAGCCUUCCCUAGAGCCCAGCGACAUCCUGCAGCAAGCCGCGUGGCAUGAAGCCGCCAAGCGUGAGCUGCUGGCCUCCUCUGGGCACGUGGAGGGCCUACAGCAGGCGGGGAGACGGCUGCUGAGCGACGGGCACUGUGCCGGGGAAGCUGUGCAGGCCAGCCUUCAGGGCCUGAGCAGCAAGUGGGAAGAGUUGAAGAACAAUCUGGCCAGGCAGGGGGACCGGCUCCAGCAGACUAGACAGCUUCUGGGGCUGCUACAGGAUGCCAAGGAGAAGAUGAAGCAGCUGGAGAGGAGCCUGCAAAGCGCACAAACAGGGCAAGACCUGGGUUCCAGCCGGGAGUUACAGAAACGGCACUGCCAACUGGAAAGCGAGAGCCAGGCACUGGCCAGCAAGAUGGCUGCCCUCGUCUCCCAGGCCCACCAGGGGCUCACUUCUCAGACCAUUAUGGAGGAGACCCAGAAGUACCUACAGAGGUUCAAGUCUCUGCAGGGACCUCUGGCCACCCAUUGCCUACAGCUGCAGGCCUCAGUGGAGCUGCAUGAGUUCUACCAACUGAGCAACCUGGAGCUCACUUGGGUGACUGAGCGCAUGGCCAGAGUCGGCUCCGCCCAGUGCUUAAAUGGUGCCCAGAGCCUUUGCCACAAGCACGAGGAGCUCGGGGCAGAGAUGAGAGCCCACCAGGGACAGGUACAGCACGUGCUGGGUUCUGGACAGAGCCUUGCGGCCUCGGGGCACCCCGAAGCCCCGCGCAUCCUGGAGCAAUGCCAGAAGCUGGAGGGCCGCUGGGCCAAGCUGGAGCGGACGUGGGAGGUGCAGGCCCAGUGCCUGCAGCAGGCUGUGGCUCUCCAACAGUGUUUUCUGGCUGCAUUGGAGCUGGAGGACUGGGUAAAGGAAAAGCAGCCACUGGUGAGCAGUGAGGACUGUGGUGGAGAUGAAGCAGCCACCUCCAGGCUCAUCAAGAAGAACCAGGCCCUGCAGCAGGAACUGGCUCUCUGCUGGAGCUCCAUGGAGAAGCUUGACCAGAGGGCACAAAUCCUCGCUGGCCCCGGGGCCCCGGAGCACCUGCUCGUGGUACGGGAGAGGCUCUGGGAGCAGCUGAGGGCACUGCGGGAACGUACAGCCACACGGGGCCGAGAGCUGGAGGGGACUCUGAAGCUGCAUGAGUUCAUGGGGGAGGCUGAGGAGCUGCGGACCUGGCUGGCUAGCCAGAAGCAGGUGGCCGGGCUUGGGGAGAGCCUCGGAGAAGACCAUGAGCACAUCCUGCACCUCUGCACUGAGUUCACAAGGUUUCAGCGGCGAGUGGAGCUGGGUGCCCGGAGGGUGGCGGCCUGCCAGCAGCUGGCAGAGAGCCUGCAGGAUCUCGGGCACAGGGCCGCCCCUGAUGCCCAGCAGACGCAGCAGCACCUGCAGGCUGCCUGGUCAGAGCUGUGGGAGCUGACCCAGGCCCGAGGCCACCAGCUGCAAGAUGCCGAGGUCACCCUCCGAGUACACAGAGAUCUGUUGGAAGCCCUCACACAGGUCCAGGAGAAAGCCACAAACCUCCUCAGUGAGGUGGCCCCAGACCUGCGUGGACUGGAAGCUCAGCUGAGGAGACACGAAGAGCUGGAGCAUGAGCUCAGGGGCGCUGGGCAGCAGCUGCAGGAACUGCUAGAGGCUGCAAGUGCAGUUCAGAAGCGGGGGCCGGGACCCCAGGCCCAGGCCGUGUGGCAGAGCCAGGAGGCUCUGGGGCAGGCCUGGGAAGCCCUGAAGCUACAUGUGGAGCAGCGCAGGACGCGGCUGGAGCAGGCAUGCCUCCUGGCCCGUUUCCAUAGAGCGGUGCAGGACUACACCUCCUGGGCGGCCGCUAUGUGGAGGGAGCUGCAGGGACAAGAGGGCUCCCAGGAGCCCAGCUGUGGCCUUCCCACACUACUCAGCAGCCACCAGCAGCUCCGGGCAGAGCUGGAGGCCCGGGAGGAGCUGCACCAGAGGGCCUCAAAGCUGGGCCAGCAGGCGCUUCAGGCUGUAGUAGGGACACCCAUCAAGGAGGUCCAGGAAGGGCUGCGAGCCCUUCGGGAUGAACGGGAGCAGGUGUUCCAGGCCUGGGAGCAGAAGGAAGAGAAGCUGCAGGCCAUGCAGCGGGAGCAACUCUUCCUCAGAAAGUGUGGUCACCUGGACCAGAUCCUCACGGUCCAGGAGAUCUCCCUGAAAACUGGUGCACUGGGAAGCUCAGUGGAAGAGGUAGAGCAGUUGAUCCGCAAACACAAGACUUUCCAGAAUGUUCUGAUGGCCCAAGAUGAGAAGGAGGCAGCCCUGUGUGAGCAAGCAAAGACACUUGGGGGCCCCAUCGUGCAGGAUCGGCUCCACACAGUGUUAGAGCAUCGGGCUCAAGUGAAGGACCUGGCAGAGAGCCGGGGACAAGCCUUGCACACCUGUCUCCUGAUGACUGGCUUCACCAGGGCUGUAACCCAGGCCCAGGACUGGAUUGAGGAGCGAGUCCAGCAGCUGAGAGAGCCAAUCCCUCCUGGGGACCUGAAAGAUAAACUGAGGCUUCUGCGAAAACACCAGGCCUUCGAGGCUGAGAUCCAGGCCCACGAGGAGGUCAUAACCUCUGUCACGAAGGAUGGCGAGUCUCUCCUGGCACAGAGCCCCCCUCGGGCAGGAGAGGUCUCCCAGAGGCUGCAGGAGCUGCAGGAACACUGGCAGAAGCUGAGGCAGGCAGUGGCUCUCCGGGGCCAGGACCUGGAGGACAGGUGGAAGUUUCUGGAGUUCCUGCGGAGAGCUGACCUUACUGAUGCCUGGAUCCAGGAGAUGGAGGCGAUGGUGAACCUGGGCGAGCUGGGCCAGGACCUUGAGCACUGUCUGCAGCUCCGCAAGCGUCUCCGGGAGCUCCCAGGAGUCUGGGCCGAGGACACCAUGGAUGGCAUCCACAUCAGGAGCAUCAGUGACUUGUCCCUAAAGCUCGAGAACCUGGACCCUGAGCAAGUCAAGACCAUCAACAAGUGGCGACAGCAGCUGAACAGCAGAUGGAAGAGUUUCCGUGGCAACCUACUCUGGUACCAGCAGCAGCUUGAGGGGGCCCUGGAGAUACAUACAUUGUCCCGAGAGCUGGAUGGCGUCACUGAGCAGAUUGGGGAGAAGGCCGCCCUGGUCCAGGCCCUGGGCUAUGGGAAAGAUCGAGAGAGCUUGCAGAGGCUGAUCCGGAAACACAAGGAGUUGGAGCAGGAAAUAGGCCUCCUCCAGGCCCAGGUGGAGUCCCUAGAGCGGGCGGUGGGCCGCGUCUGCCAGAGAAGUCCUGGGACAGCCCACCGCCUCAGCAGCAAGCAGCGGGAGGUGACGGACAGUUGGUGGCAGCUCUGGAGGGGGACCCAGAAGCGGAGGGAGUCCCUGGAGGCCUUAUACGAAGCUCAGAGUCUGCAGGCCGAUCUGCGGCACUUGUCAGUCUGGGCCCAGGGGCUGCGGGCGGAGAUGGAGGCCCGAAGCACCCCGAGCAGCCCUGCGGAGGCCCGGCGCAGGCUGGAGGAGCACCAGGAGCUCAAGGCCGAGCUGGACUUGAGGACAAAUCACAUCGGCCUGGCCCGAAGCACUGGGCAGCGACUGCUUGCAGCAGGGCACCCAGCUCCCCCCGACCUCCUCCAGGCCCUGGCUGGCUUAGACCAGGAGCUGAACAGCCUGGAAACGGCCUGGCAGGACCACCAGCUCCAGCUGCAACGGGCCCUGGAGCUUCAGCUGGUUCUGAGUUCCGUGGAGCAGAUGGAAAGUUGGCUCUGCAGCCAGGAGGCCUGCCUCACUAGCAAGGGUCUCGGGGACUCUUGGGCCGCUGCGGAGACCCUCCUGAGGAAGCACGAGGUGCUGGAGCGGGGCCUGGAGGCUCAGGCUGAAAAGAUGAGCGCGCUGGAGGCCACGGCCCGCAGGCUGCACCAGGCUGGGUACCCCGAGGCCCAGAGUGCCCUGGGUCGGUGCCAGGCCAUGCUCCUGAGGAAAGAGGCACUGGUAGAGCGAGCCAGGACCCGUCGCCGCCAGCUGGAGGAGCUCCAGCAGCUGCAGACUUUCCUGCAGGAUUCCUUCGAGGUGGCCACGUGGCUGAGGGAGAAGCACUCAGUGGCCCUGGAAGAGGGCUGGAGGGACCCUGCUCUGCUGCAGGCCCAGCUGUGGAAGCAACGGAGUCUCCAGGCUGAGCUAGAUGCAAGUGUCCACCAACGACAAAGGCUGCAAAAGGAGGGACAGAUGCUGCUGCAGGAGGGCCACCCAGCCUCAGAGACCAUCCGGGAGCGUCUGCGGGAGCUGGGGGAGCUCUGGGAUGAGCUGCAGGCCAACAGCCGGAGGAAGGCAGCCAUGCUGCAGGUGGUUUGUGAGGCCCUGCAUCUCCGGCGGAGAGUGGAGGAACUAGAGAGCUGGCUGGAGCUUGUGGAGGUUGAGCUGAGAGCCCCUGUCAGGGACCAGGACCAGCCUGGGCUAGAAAAGCUCCUGGGGGCACAGGGAGAGCUGGAGGCCACUGUGGAAGGGCAGGCCAGGCAGGCACAGUGGCUGUGGGACCAGGCCCAGGUCCUUACAGGGGAAGGCCUCUGCCUCGCCCAAGAUGUGAAAGACCAGGCCCUGCAGCUGCUUCGGAGGUUUGAGUGCCUGAGGGAACCCCUGCGGGAGCGCAGAGCUGCCCUGGAGACCCGGAGCCGCCUCCUGCAGUUCUUCAGGGAUGCCGAUGACGAGAUGGCGUGGGUGCGGAAGAAGCUGCCCCUGGCCACCACCCAGGACUGUGGACAGAGCCUGAGCGCUGUGCAACAGCUGCAGGAGAAGCACCAGAACCUGGAGAAUGAGAUGAGUAGCCACGAGGCUCUGAUCAAGGCCGUGGUGGCCGAGGGACACCAGCUGGCACAGGCCGGGCCCUUUGCCACGGAGGCUGCCGCCCGGGUGCAGCAGCUGGAGAGUGCCGUGGGUGGCCUGCGGGCAGAGGCCACGCGGAGGCGGCUGCAGCUGCAGCAGGCUCAGGAGGCCCAGCAGUUCCUGAUGGAGCUCCAGGAGGCAGAAGCCUGGCUGGAAGAACAGGGCUGUGUCCUGGACCUCAAGGAUGUUGGCCAGAGUGCCGAGGCCAUGCGUGCCUUUCUGCGGUGGCUGGAGGCCACCCGGAGAGACCUAGAGGCGUUCGGCCUGCGCAUUGAGAGCCUGCAGCAGACGGCAGCCCUCCUGGAGAGCAGGCAGAACACGGAAAGCGGCAGGGCACUGGCCCGGAUGCAGGCGGUGAGGGAGGCCCACUCAGGGCUGCUGCUGAGGGCGGACAGCAGGCGGCAAGGCUUGCGGGAACAGCUACAGCUCCACCAGCUGGAACGGGAGGCCCUACUUCUCGAGGCCUGGCUGGCCAGCAAGGCUGCCACGGCUGAGUCGCAGGACCACGGGCAGGACCUGGAGGCUGUCACGAUAUUGGAAGAGAAGUUUGAUGCUUUCCGAAAGGAAGCUCAGAGCCUGGGGCAGGCCAAGGUGCAGGCCCUGAGGGAGCUGGCAGACUCCCUGGAACGGAUGGCACCCAGGUGCACUCCCCAGAUUCAAGCCCAGAGGAGUCGCAUUGAGGCCGCUUGGGAGAGGCUGGACGGGACAAUAAAAGCCCGCAUCCAGAGCCUGGCCAUAGCCCGGGAGGUCCGGGGCUUUGAGCAGGCAGCAGCUGAGCUCCAGGAAUGGAUGCAAGAGAAGGCCACCCAGAUGGUGAGAGACAUCUGUGACCAUAGCCCGUCAUCAGUGCAGACCUUGCAGCAACAGCACAGGGGCCUGGAGCGGGACCUGGCAGCUGUGGAGAAGGAGGUGGCCCGGGUGCAGAUGGAGGCUUGCCGGCUGGGCCAGCUUUACCCUGCGGUUCAGGAGGGCUUGUGCAAGCAGCUGGCCAGGGUGGAGGAGGCCUGGGCAACCCUGGAUGUGAAGGCUCAGGAGCGGGGUCGGCAGCUGGAGCAGGCUGCUCAGGGCCAUGCCUUCCUCAGUUGCUGUCGGGAACUGCUAGCAUGGGCUCAGGAGAAGCAAGCUCUGGUCUCUUCCGAGGAGCUGGCUGGGGACAUGGUGGGGGCUGAGCGGCUCCUGGUGCAGCAGGCAGAGCUGGGGCAUGAACUCCAGGAGCCUUGCCUUCGCGCCCACGAUGUACAGCAGGAAGGGCAGCAGCUGAUAGACAGCGGCCACUUCAUGUCUCUGGAGGUGGCAGCGUGUCUGCGGGAGCUAGAAGGGCAGCUGCAGGCACUCACGAAGGCCUGCACCCUGCGCCAGGAGCGCUGCGAGGAGAACUGGGGCCUGCAGAAGCUACGGCAGGAGCUAGAUUGGGCUGAGGCUUGGCUGGCCUCCCGGGAGGUUCUACUGCUGGACCCCAACUAUGGGCACACUGUGUCCGACGUGCAGCUGCUACUCUGCAGACACCAGGACUUAGAGAAGUUGCUGGCAGCCCAGGAAGAGAAGUUUGCCCAGCUGCAGAGGAGGGCAGGGGUGGACCGGAAGCUGCUGCAGCAAGUGACAGGGUUGGAGCCCAGGAGUGCUGGCCACAGGCUCACAUCCCCCAAGCAGAGGCCCUUUGGAAGCUGGUGGCCAGGAGUACAGCUGGUGGAGACAAGGGACCUGCAGCCAGGUGUCUCCGUUGGGCCACCCAUACCCUCUGCCACCACGGUCUCCCUGGAACCUGUGGCCCGGCAGCAGGAGCCCAGUGGGGCUGGGGCCAAGGGGGAUGCUAAGGGUGCCCCCACCAUGGAGGGAUUUUUGGAGUUCCAGCAGCAGCUCUGGUCUGCUGAGAGGCAGGUCUUCGCAAGGCCAGGCUCCAGCCUCCCCUCCACGCCCAGCUGGUACAGCCUCCCCACCUUCUCUCCACAGCCCUGCUUGAGCCCCUGGGAUGGCUGCCAUGGGGCCCUAGGGGGCAGCUCCCUCAGCCUCUUCUGGGACAAGAGGACAGCAGCAGAGGUACUGGGCAGUGGAAAACAUGAAAGACAGAGGACAGGCCCACAGGGAAGAGCGGACAUGGCUGCGGUGACCCCUCUCAUGUCUUCUCAGAAUAUGGCCCCGGUGGCCACCCUUGACCUCAGAGGAGCCCAGUGUGAGAGGCCGGGGCACCAGUAUGACAGGAAACACGCCUUCUCCUUAAGGCUGAGCAGCAGGGUGGAGACGCCCUGGGCAGCGCCAUCAGAAGGGCAGGCCGAGAGCGGGAUUCCAGCCCUGAGCAGCACAGCUGGCCCUGCCCUUGGGGUGUCCUGGGGACAGUGGCCAAACCCAGCUCCAGCAGGAGGCAUGCCUGAAACACACUCCUGCCCCAGAAGUCUCUCGUCACUGUGGUCAGACGGGCUCCAUCCAGGGACCAUGCGUUCAGUUCUAGAGACUGGGAAGUCCACCAUCAAGGUGCCACCAGAUUCGGGGUCUGCCCACAGCCUGAGCCUGGAGCACCCAGCCAGACCGGGGGGCUUCCCUGCUGAGCACACUGCUGAGGGCGUGCCCGGCCUGGCCGCCCCACUCAGAUUCCACGCCUGUCCCCGGACUUCAUCACUGAGGGAGAUGCCUGUGAGCACUCACAGCCAGCCACAACCCUUGGAGUUCCUGCAGGCUGAGGGCCCUGCCCAGGCACCUGCCCCCGGCUCACCCUCCCUUCCCUCCCCUGGCCAGGCCCAAGCUGGGUCAGAGGCACCCAUGGGGUCUAGAAGAGCCCCCCCACCCCCCAACUCCUGCACUGCACCUGCUGCCAGCUCACCAGGUGGAGCCUGAGGCCCCUGUGAUGUAGCAGACACAAUCCAA